AUGCUGCAGCCUGGGAACUACAGCCUGGUGCUUUCCCUGCAGUCCCUGCUGCUGAUAUAUGACUUAUUUGUCAAUUCAUUCUCUGAGUUGCUGCGUUCAGCUCCAGUUAUCCAGCUUGUGCUCUUCAUAUUGCAGGAUGUGGGCAUCCUAUUUGCAGCCAUUGUCUUGUUUCUCAUGCUGUUCAACACCUUUGUCUUCCAAGCUGGUCUCCUGGGCCUCCUAUGUCAGCGCUUUCAGGUCACUGUCAUCCUGUGCGCUCUGCAUUUAGGGCUCAGCGUGGCAUUGCACGUGUGGCUCAUGAACUUACGGUGGAACACAGUAAAUGCCUUCAUUUGGACUGAUGGGCUCCAGGCACUGUUUGUUCUGCAGAGAGUUGUGGCCGUGUUUUAUUUCUACUUCUACAAGAGAACAGCUCUGAAUCUGGGAGAUUCCCGCUUUUAUCAUGACUCUCUCUGGCUUCGCAGUGAAUUUGCAAGAGUUCAAGGUUGA